UACGAUCGAAACUUAAAGCAACUGUUUUAAACAGUGUUCGAACUCUUUCUUCGAGGAGGUGGUAAGCAACUACGUUUUGGUGUAGAAUACUUUCUGCUUUGGUGGCAGCACAUAGGAUACACAGGGUGGGGGUGUACUAAAGGCUUAAAAGGCUCUCCAACGUCCUUGUAACACGCAGUUCUAGAAUAGAACAUAAUAGUAUUCCCUUCAAAUAAAAAUUAGUGCAAAUUUUUCUUCGGCAUCUUCUAGAUUAGUAUUUAAUCGCUUGUAACGUUACCGAUAAUCAUAUUAUUAAUUUAAAUAUUAAUAUAAAUAUAGUGCAAAUACAUCGAAAUAUAUAAUAUAAAAACUCGUGAGAAGAAACUUUUUCUUUGCAACGCAAAGAAAAUCGGGAUUGAUACUUUUUGAAAUGAAGAAAAGCGAGUGAUUUUCAUUUCGAAAUUUUAUCGCUUAAUUUUAUAUCUGGAUACAGUGAUCGAUGAAUCAACUGUGCGGUUAAUCUCUUCCGAUCUUCACCGAUUUUAAAUAUAUAUCGUAGUUGGCAACAAGUAGAAAAUGAAGAAGACGAGAAGUUUUCAAAUGUUUGCAACGUUUCUUUUAUUGGUGUUCUUCGUAUCGCCAUCUUCUACUUGGGCCCUUACGACUUUCGGCAAAACCAACCCUCAAACCUCGAAUCAAAAUUCUCAUCCAUCGCCUACACCAGUUGGAAGAGCUCGGGAAUGUAAGUUGGAGUCUGAUUGCGCUGGAAUUCAAAAUACGACAUGUAUAGCGGAUCCUCGAGACGGAAGGACACGUUGCCUUUGCGGAGAUUAUUCCGCACCUCUUAACGGCGCGUGUAUUAACAAAUUCAAAGCGUUACAUUUUUCAUGUAACAAUGAUUCUGAAUGCAUUAAUGGGGCACAUUGCGUACAACUAAACGUUACCUUGGGAAAACGCUGCUAUUGUCAAGAAGGAUAUUAUGAAGAAAAUCCUUUAGUUUGCAGUGGUGGUAUAUCUGUUCUUGCAUUUCACACGCUAUAUCUCUUAAUUAGUUUAAUUAUUGUAAAACGUAAUUUUAGUUUUAUAUAAAUCAUUUACAAUUGAAAUAUAUUAUUUUAAAUGAAUGUAAAAAAAUUGUAUUAAUUUUAAAAUUACGUAUGGUAAAUUUUCAAUCAUCAAAAAAUAUGAUAUUGUACAAAAAAAAAAAAUAUAUGUUUGGUAUAUUUACGCGAAGAUACGUAUUUUAAUUAUCAUUUUAAAAAUAUUAAGAAAGCAUAUGCUCGAGCUAUGCGCAAAAAAUAUAAUUCGAUAGCUUUUCAUAUUUUCUAUAUCUCCAAAUUCUAAUC